CACCACACACACAAAAAAGAAUUAAAAAUGGCAAACAGUGUCAAACAGUGAAUUCAAUUCCGAACAAAAAAGAAAAUGCACUGAAAAGGAAACAAUAGACAGAAAAUUAAUCAAAUGAAAUAUUUGCGUCAAAACGAGUGGUGUAGCGCGAAAAAUUUGUAAUUUUUUUUUUUCCUUUUCAAUUUCGUGUGUGUUUUGAACGAACGAAACAAAAAAAAAUGUUGUGAUUACUGUGAGGAUCCAUUUAAGUUUUUAAUUAAAUUUCGCUCCACUUCAUUCAACUAUAAAUAUUUUUCCAACGUCGCAAUUUUUUCGUUCCAACUAACCUAUAACCAUGGUUCGAGGUCGCCGAACAAGAGCAGCUCUUGCAGCCGGAAAAAAAUGUGACGAACAAUUCGACAGCCCCAAACGAAAGGAUUGCAAGUUGGACGCAGUUAAAUACAAAAACGUUAAACCAGACAGUACAAUCGGCGUAACUCGAACACGUUCGCGAGCCGUUCCAAUUACCAACUACUUUCAAGUGAAACAGAAUGCAGCCGAAUCGAAUUAUGUCAGCGACAUGGACGACAAUGCAUGCGAUUCAUUCGAUAAUACGACUGGCCACAACGAAUCGAACAUUUUCCUGCAGGCACCGGUAUUACAUUUAAAUAUUGACAAAUCACCGAAUCAACCGUCAUCGAUCGUCAUCAACAAAAGUAUUCCGAUGAAGACAAAUUUUGGCGCUCUGACUGGUUCUGGUCUGGCUAAUUUUACAUCGAUCGUCAUUGGCGAUACCAUAAGUAAUGUAAUCAAAAGUCAACCGGCAAAGGAAAUCGUUGAAUCCGAUUCGUCGGUGUAUUCGGAUAGUAAUUCAUGUGACAGCGGUUUCGUCGCCGACAAAGUAUUGGAAUUAACUCCGAGCAAACGACAAAAACCAGCAACUCCUCAUCGCAUCGUUUGUCCAUCACCAGUUAAGCAUGCAGUGAGCGAGAAAAGCCCAUCGUCCGAACUGUCGAAUUUGAAUAUUGGAACAAAGACUCAAGCAAAAUCUAAACGAAGACUGAAUGUCCAUCAAACGGAAAAUCUAACAAAAACUUCCAACGAUUCAGACACCGCAAAGAAACCAACCAUCCAAGUCUCGAAUCCAUCGAUUAAAUCGACCAUUCUGAAUUCACUCACCGAUCCUAGUGCCCAGCAGAAUUGCAACAACAACAAAAAUACCAAAUUGACCGAUUUCUUUCCGGUGCGCCGGAGUGUAAGAAAAACGAAAAAGACCGUCGAACAGGAGCACAUUCGCAGCAUCGAAGCGGCCAUCAGCAGUGGCCAAGAAACGGGACUGAUGACCAAGGAAUUUCCAAUGAAGGGACGAGGCAUCGUCGCAUCGAAACCGUUCGCGAAAGGUGAAUUUGUCGUCGAGUAUAUUGGCGAUCUGAUCAAUAUGACCGAAGCGAAUGAACGGGAGAAAAUUUAUGCGAAAGACGAGAAUACCGGCUGCUACAUGUACUACUUCAAGUAUCGAAAUCAACAGUACUGCAUCGAUGCCACUGCCGAGUCCGGUAAAUUGGGACGUUUGGUGAAUCACUCACGCAAUGGCAAUCUCAUAACAAAAACCAUUUUCUACCGUAACAAGCCACAUUUGGUGCUGAUAGCUAAGGAAAACAUCGAAAUGGGCGAGGAACUUACUUAUGACUAUGGUGACCGAUCCAAGGAGUCACUGCUACAUCAUCCCUGGCUGGCACUUUAAUAAUAAUGGGAGAGAGAAGAAAAUUAAUUACGAAUUACGUUCCUCAAGCAGAAGUUGAAUUUUUAAUUAUGGAAAUUGUGGAAGAGCGUGUAUGUUGGUCGUAUUGUCUGUCACAAUUACGGUGAUGGAUUUACUUGGUCGUUUUUUUUUUUAAUUAAAAAAAAAGAAGAAAAAUUAGAAAAUUACUUAAGGUAAUAACACCACCAAUGUUUUGUGAAUUGGAGUGAAUGGAAAGAGAUUAUUUUUAUUUCUUUCGAGAGUAUUUUUUUAGAGAUUUUUUUUUCUUGCUGUUUCUAUUUGAGAGAGACUUUUAUAUUAUAUUAUGAUGAUGCUACAAGUGCACAGUUAAGUUACUUCUAUGUAAUCACACCACACAACCUACUAAGCGAUAACAAUGAAAAAUAAUUUCGAUUUCACGGAAUUCUAUUUAUAUAACAAGAAAAAUUAGAAGAAGAAGAAGAGGAGGAAUAAGAAAAAAAGUUCAUUUUAAUUGAAAAUUUUAAAUUUUGAAAAAAUUUAUUUACCAUAAUGUUGUUGUGACUGCGAUGCAUACAUUAUAUUCAUUACCAAUUGGUUGUAAUACGUUGGACGAAACCAUACAAAUGCAUGCGAAAGAAUGAUAAUAUGUUUACUACAAAAUUUUGUUAGUUUUCUCUUCUCUUCUUUCGUUUAUUUUAACUUGACAUUUUUGUAAUAGGUUUAGAGUAUCCGUUGCUAUAAUAUACUUUUAGAAUUGUGAAAUGAUUCUCUCGCCAGCUUAUGAUGUUUUUGAAAAUAGAAAACUUUUCUCGAAUCGGACUAAAUACAACAGAAGGACAAAAUUGUCGGGAGACGUUUCCUCUUUAACCCUUUUUCUUUUAAAUUAUUCAUUUUUUUCUACUCACAGCAACCUUUGCCUUGAACUACAAACACCACACGUCAAAAUCUCUAAGCAAGUAUGUAUUCCACUAAAUUACUCGCAACACCUCACGGAAAUGAUUCAUUACGUGAUGAUAUUUGCGGUAAUUUUUGAUGUGUUUCAACGCUCAUGUCAGUGAAGUAAUGACUCAUUUUCCAGGGCUGCCAUAAGCAAAAUCGUUCUUAUUUGAAAAUUAUUAUUUUGACUAGUGAAAUUGCAGCGCUUGGUCUUCGGAGCGGGCUGUAGACUCCGCACUCGUC